AGCAUGCCGUGCUGGUGAUCCCUCCGGCGUGCACAUCCAGUACCGAACAACCCGAGGCGCGCAAGCGGCGGGGCCCGCAACGGAGCUGUGCGACACAGCGGCGCAGGUCAGGUCGUGCUGUGGAUCUUGUGAGGAGGAGUAGGAGGAGCACCGUUGGCCGGCCGCACUCUUUGCCCAGCCCCGGGGCGCGACCCCGGCGAGGGCCAUGGCCGCACGGCGCCCCGCGGCGGCCGCGGCCCUGGGGCUGCUGGCCCUGGCCGUCCAGGUGCCGGCGCUCGUCCACCAGCCGCAGUCCGGCGGGGCCGCCCUGCGGGCGGGCACGGGCGAGCGCGCCGUGGCGUCCACCGCGGAGCGGAGGGACGAAGGGAAUGAGUCGGACUCCUCGCUGGGCAGCGCGCGCAAGGCUGAGGCGCGGGAGACGAGGGCGGCGGAGGUGCAGCUGCUGAAGGUGGAGUCCAAGAAGCUGCAGCCCGAGGCUCGGCAGCUGGAGUCGGAGGCCGGGAUGGCGGCCUUCUACGCCGAGAUCGACGCCUACUUUGAGAACGCCGCGCCGCUGUGGAAGCAACUGGUCGUUCCCUUUGUGGCCGUCGUGGCGGGGCUGCCGCUGAUGCGGUCCGAGGGGGCGGCCACCACGAUCGGCAAGGUGUGCAUCUUCUUUGGCGCGCAGACUUUCAUGAACCUCUACAUGAAGGUCGUCCUUUCGGGUAGCAUUGUUUCCAGGGAGCUGCAUCUCAAGGGCUACCCGGCGGCCUUCGCCGUCACGGGUAUUCAGCAGGUGGCGAGCUUUGCCAUCAUCUUGUUGGGGAUUGCCAUCCUGUGGUUCUCGCCGUGGCGCUACAAGCCUGUCAUCGUCGACACGAAGCUCGGUUGGCUGACGGUGCUGGCUUUCUCGGUCACCUUCACUUUGAACAUCUCGCUCAAUAACUUCAGCCUGUCGCUGCUGCCGCUAUCGGUCAACCUCAUCAUGCGGUCGUGCUCGCCGCUGUCGACCUUCCUCUGUGAGAUCGCAAUGGACAGGUUGUCUGGCAGGAGCGUCAAGAACAUCAACACGGUCGAGGUCUCGACGAUGCUCUUGGGCAUUGUGUGCGCCGGCCUGGCCGUGGUUGGCAAGACUCAGAUUUCGAAGGCCAGCGCGGACCCGGAGGCCGGUUCCAACGUCGUCUUGGGUGUCCUCGUUUGCUUGGCCUCCCUCGCCUCUGCCUCGCUGAACAUGGCCCUGGUGGGGCUGAUGGGCACCAGCCUGAAGAUGAAUCCCAUAGACACGGCGCUGUACAUGGCUCCGCCGUCGGCGCUUAUGCUGCUCGUGCCCAUCUUCUUCAUGCCUCACCCGACCGAGUGGCCUGGCGCUAUGCUGACCGACUGGCAGAUCACGAAGACGGUGGCUGAGCACGCCCCCGACGUGCUUGGCCUGGCGUUCCUGUCUGGCGUUUUCGCGGUUGCCUACAACGUGCUGACUUACUUCUUCGUCCAGACGCUCUCUGCCACGCAUGCCGCCUUCGCUUCCAACUUCAACAAGGCCGCCACCAUCGGCAUCGCCGUCAUGGUUGGCCUCGAGACGCUGGUCCUCCAGGGCUGGGGCAUCAUCAUGGCUGCAGGCAUCGCUGGCAACAUCGGUGCCUUCACGGCCUACAGCGUCGUCAAAGCCUCCGGCUCCAGUGCCCACAAGAAGUGAGGGCACCCCGCACUGGAGGAGCGGGGCGGCAGCAGCGGCAGGGCGGGGGCCGAGGCAGAUGAGGAGGAGGAGGAGGUAGUGUUGCGGAGGGUGCGUGCCUCUGAAGACAGCGGCAGCAGCGGCAGCUGCAGCGUGCCGGUCGGCUCGAGUGGUCGCCCCCGGGGUUCGGAGGCGUCGUCUGCCCAGGCCACCCCAAACGCCGCCCUGUGCGCGUCGCCCCCUGGGGGGCCGCUGGGCGUCCUCUCCGGGGGGCAGCGCGAGGGCGCGAAGUGAUCUGCGCGUCAGGCGUCGCGGGGCGCUAUCGGAGGCGGGAAGGAGGAGAUCGCACGGCGCCUGUUGUAAGAAGCUGCACCGCCCGGCGGAGCCUCAGCGCUAAGCCCUUCGAGUGCGGUCCCAGCGUCCUGCGGCCAGCCGGACCGCGUGGCGGGCGGCUCGUGCGGGGCUCAUGUCCUUGCAGGACCGUCCUGGGGCCUCCGGGCACUUCUGCCUCACGAGUCCAACUGCAUUCGCCCGAUGGCGUACGCUCUGCCUGCGUGAGAGUCGCCGCACAGAGGCCGAAGACAAAGAG